AUGCUUAUUGAAGAUGAAGACAGUAGUAGUCGUCUUCACCAUUUUGAUUGUCAUAGCUCUGGCCCUGUUUAUUUACUUCAUUAUUUAGGGGUCGAUGGGGAAUGUGGGCUUAGGAAGGGAGUAUGGGCUGAGGGGGAUGUUGAAGAGGCGGCGGACAAAAGAAAGAGAAGCGAGGAGGGGGAACUCACAAUUUGCAAUUACAAAGAGGUGGUAAAGGAUGCGUUGGAAGGGAAUGAAGUAAAGUUCAAGUCGGGACAUCCUCAAGGAGAGGACAGAAACCAUGUUGAUGUAAGAGGUAGCAGCGGUGGAAGUGGUAGAGGAAGAGGUAAUACCCUGGAGGCGAAUCAACUGGACCUGAUAUUUCACGAAUCGGUGAAAGCCAUUUAUGAAGGCACCAAUACGCACGUGGAAAUUCCAACAAUAACAUCCAAUGGAAGGAUGUAUGACGCGCCAUGCCAUCUGGGGGAGGAGAUCCAAACGACGAAAGUGCACAAGAACCAUGUCUACCCGGAUAGGAUUCAUAUGAAGGAGAUGAUGGACCAGGUGAACUAUCCACACAAAAUUGAAAACUUGAAAAUUUUUUUGAGGGACCGCCUUGAAAAUGUGAACGAAAAGAAUAGGCAACUCUUUCUGCAGAGUAUGAACACUAUCACGGAGAUACUAAAUUAUAACUUUUUGUGCAUAAGUCGAAAUGGUAGUGACUUGGACCCUGCUUCGUUUGCCUGGCACGACUCGUUUGUGAGUCAUGCGAUGGGGAGGGCGUGGAAGCAUGACAGCCUGUUUAGCCCAUGUAGCGUGAACAACGCCAAUACAGGGGAAAUUACUGGUUCAGGGAAAACCACAAAUGUCGGAAAAGGGAAUUGGGAAAAGGGAGAGAAAACACAAGGCAAGAAAAUCCCAUCGGUACCAUCCUCAUGUCCAUCAAAUAUUUAUGAGAAAUUGAAGAAUGUUAGAUGUUUAGAGAAACCGGGGCUUACGUACAAGUAUGUGUACCCGCCAAAAUAUAACUCAGACCUCACGAGGGAAGUGAAAGUACCUAAAGGAAGAAUCUUGUUCAACGCAAAAUUUGAAAGCGCAAAUUUGCAGUACGUUCUGAAGGAAAAGAAUAAAGAAGUUUAUUCUAUAUUUUUAAAUCAGGACAUGAGAUCGAACGAAAAGAAGAACCAAUGGUUCUAUUUCAGCGCAAGUUAUGUCCCAGAAGACUAUUACCAGAGUGACUACUUUGAGGAAAAAAAAAAAAAAAAAAACGAACAGAGAUGUAUAGAUGAAAUUGUUAAUGAAAUAAAUAGAGAUGCUCAUCUGGACAACAAGGAAAGUUUAAAAGUUUCUUUCGAUUUUUCGGAUAUGUUUCUCGUUAAUAAUCUGAAUAAACUGGAUAAACCUUUUUCUGUCAAAUUUAAAAUUGAGAAUAUGUCUAGGCCUUAUUUUUUAUACAAGGAAGGACACUCUCCUUUGGUUUUCUCCGUAUGCAAAAGUGUGAAGGAAAAUAUUCAGUGGGAGAGAGCAGCCUACAAUGUUAUCUACACGAAAAAUGAGAACCCUAAAUAUUUUAAUAUAAAAACAAAUACCUUUGAAAAGUUAUCGUAUUGUACAUAUACUCUCGAAUUUUCCUAUGAUUUUCUCUAUCCAUACGACACAGUUUAUUUUGCUAGCUCCCUUCCAUACUCCUACUCCAACCUUCUGCACUACCUGGGGUUACUAAAAAGUUAUGUACACAGGGUUCAGGAAGGGGAGAAAAAAAUUAACUACGUGCAGGGCACAUUGUGUAGGACGCCUUGUGGCUUCCCCUGCCCCAUUCUAGCCAUCACGAAUUAUGACACAGGGGAGGAAUCAUCUCCUAAUGGGGAGAGUUAUGACAGAAGUGCAAUGAACAACACUGUGCAGAGAAAAUUAGGAUCAUCUAAAAUUGAAGGGUUGUAUAGAAACAGCGUUCCGAAGGGACCAUAUCAAGAGAAACAGGUGCAUUCUGUUGAAAGCACCAGUGUGCCCUCCGUGGAAAAUCAGAACCUGGUAUAUGUCGCGAAUGAAGCCCCGUGCCAAUGCUCCGGGGGAAACACAUACAUAGAGGACGCGAGGUGCAUGUACAAUUUAUGUCAUCGCAAGAUGGGAAGUAGUCGAAAAGAAAAGGAAGACAAUCCCAGACAAAGGAGACCCCGCAAAUAUUCGAACUCAUUUAUGCGCCAGUUUGAGCUCCUUCUAGAGAGGCAUUCCAUGCACCCGUUAAAUCACGAUGGAGGGAAGCGCCCGAGUGGGUCAGUGGUGUCACCUUCAUUAAGUGGGUCAUCUACCCAUGUGGUGAGUCCGUCCACAGUGGGAGAACCAACGGUCCAAUCACCACGAGAAGAGAAGAAAAUAAUUUUUCUAACAGCGCGUGUGCAUCCUGGAGAAACGAACGCCAGUUACGUGAUGCAUGGGUUCCUCUCCUUUAUCACAUCUGACAAUGCAUACGCAGAUGCACUUCGCGAUAACUUCAUUUUUAUUGUAAUACCGAUGCUGAAUGUUGAUGGAGUGGUUCUUGGACACAACAGAUUCUGUUCAAAUGGGUUCGACCUAAACAGACAGUGGAAUAGGCCAAUCUAUUACUUACAUCAAACGGUGCACACGGCAAAGUCUCUUAUAAAAAAAAUUCACAGAAAUGGAAAAAUCAUCUUCUUCUGUGAUUUUCAUGGGCACUCAAGAAAAUAUAAUUGUUUUUUAUUUGGCAAUUCGGAUAGUCGGGCCCAUCUAAGGGGUAAAAAAUUGCCCGAAGUAUUUCCUCAUAUUCUGGGAUCUUCACUUCCUUGGUUUUCCCUGGAGGAUACAAAGUUCAAAGGUGAGAAUAUGAACAGGGGCGUAGCAAGACAUGUAUGUGGAAGUGAAUUCUCCAUCGACUGCAGUUACACAUUUGAAGUAUCCCUCAUAGGGAUCAAAAUGAAGAGCAACUGCAAUGGGGUUGUCCCCGUGGGGGGAAGUACCAACGGGGUAGGCAAAUCGAACGAACCGAUUGGGUCGAUUGAAGUUACUGAAACGCGCGAAGGAGGAGAAGGCGCCACCUGUAACAAUACACAGAAAUACGACUUUUGUUUUUAUGAUGAGAAUAUUUUAAUGCUUACAGGAAUUAGUUUUGGAAUAAGUCUCUUCAAAUUUUUCAAUUUUCUCUCCCACCAUAGGACAGCCAUAUCAGGGGGGGGAAACCAGACAAACAAACCGGAGAUGUCGUCCCCAAAUGGGAAUUCAGAAAUGCCCCCUUCACGUUUUAAAACAAACGGUAGGGUUCAACUUGGUGGCCAGUUGCCAUGUCAUAGGAAUAACCUGAAAAUGUUAGGAAGGAAGAAGAAAGGCGAGAUUGUGAUGAAGUCCAAUUUGAAGGAGGUUUUACCAUUGGGGAGUGUAUGGGUGGGGCCCACUUCAGAUGGGAAGAGUGCCCUGAUGGAACCCACUACAUGUUUGAAGAGUCACCUUAAUGGGGGAGAUGCCUUAGAAGGUGAUAGUCGGAGUAGUAAACCUUAUGUGAAGGUGGAUGGAGAGAUAUCAUUCCCCCCAGGGGUGUCCACUCCGCGUUCUGUUAUCACCAGUGGCAACGGGAACGGAAACUGUAACAAACGUGGCGGAGAAGGAGAACCGAAUCUUCGAAAGGAUGUUGCCAAAAGGGAUUCUAGCGUGGGGAAGGGUCGGCGGGAGGGCAAAGAGAAGGGUUUAUCCAACCGGAAGAAAGAAGAAAAAGAGAAAAGAAGAAAUCAAAUAAAAGAAAGUCGUGUGCAGGAAGGAACGAGGGGGACCUCUCACAACAGAGCAUCUGUCAAGAACGUACCAACGUAUUCUAUGAAGAAAAAGAAUUGGUUGAAGCUGCUUCCAUAUAAGAACCCUUUUUUUUGUUCCCUAAACGGAAAAAUAUCUUCCGGCGGAAAUGGUAGGGGACGAUUACAUGUAAAGGUAUGCCGCCUCCCCGGGAAUGGAGACAAUGCAUCGAAGAAGGAACGACAUGGUAACUUAUCCAGUGGAUCGAAUUACAGAACAAGGCGUAGAAUAGAGCAUCCCUGCUUAGGGGAGGACUUGAAAGCAAACAUAUGUGAAGUAUUACAAACCUGUGGAAAGAAGCCCCACGGUUACGACCCCCAACUUGGAGGAAAAAAACGGUCUGUAGGACACUCCCAUGGGAAGUUUUCGCGUCAGAGGAAGAGACCACUUCGGAUUACUAGGAGAAAGUUGGUGAUUAUUAAAAAAGUGAAUUCCGUCAAGGGGAGAAAAGCAAAUGGUACGCAAGCGAAGCAGACGAAGAAGGAGGAAAAAAAAAACGGUGGAUUGUGUUUGAACCAUGGAGAACUAAAACGAGAGUAUUUGAUUUGCCUAAAAAGGAAAAAAUUGAAAAGGGGGUUGGGACUAAUCAAGUUGCUCAGACGGAAAGUGAAGGCGUCGGGGGUGGGGCGAGCGUCAGAUGACGUAGUGGGAGAAGCGAAGAGAAAAAAAAAGAAGAAAAAAAAAAGUGAUCCAGGAAAAGGCAUAUCUAUGAACACCGUUGUGAAUGGGAAGAGAGAAUCGUAA